UGACAACGAUAAACUGUCAGCCUAAACCAGCUCCUCCUGGCUUGUCGCAACCGGUUAAAACGGAGCUCAACCAAAAAGUCUGGAAUUGAUCCUCAGUUCUUUCUCGUCUGAGAGGUCAUUCCUUGCUGCUGGUUCCACGGUAGCACGAGCCACAGGUGACGUACCUCACUCGCCACACUAUUGCCACAUCAAGUAUAAGAGACUCGUUUAUAUUCAUCGCGACAACUACAAGUCUCAUCAAAAGCUUCAAAAGACACAAUUUUUAUACGUUUCGAGACUUCUUUUCUCUUCUGGCCCACCACACAACACUAAGCCUUCGCAAUCAAACAUCAUGGGUCUCCCCGCUUUUUCAGAGCCAGCAACAACCACUUCUCCUCAAACCCCGCAACAAGAACAGAAUCACAGCACUGGCGUUGCUACCGGUGCAGGCGCAAACACUGGUGCAGGCGUAACAAGGCCCAAGACUGAAGAGGAGAAAGAGGCCGAUCGACUUUAUGAGGAGGCGAUGGAGGAGGAGUAUGCUAAGCGUGAUGGAGGUGCCUAAGCAUACAACUCGAGCAUGACUCGAGGUCCAGAUUUACGACCUGAAGUCAAUUGACGAGAAAUGAUAGCUAUACGGAUGAUAUUCUCAACUCUGAACCGAAUUGAAUAAUACAAGUUUCGAUAUAACCCUAUGGUUCGCC